AUGAAACCUUUCAACAGACAAACAGAAGAAGAACAGAAGCUGACAAAAGAUCCUGAGAUGUCAACUGAGGAGCAGAAUUUAUUCAGAACAACUUUUGAAGCUGCAAGCAUUCUCAACCAGCAGAACUCCCCAGAUGUUUACAAUUUUGUUUAUGGUAUCAACAGAGGUCUCUUUCCAAUAGAAUCGAUUGCAAAGCCUGUGGAAACUGUCAAACCAAAGCCAAUGUAUAAGGAACCUCUUAGUCCUAAUCUUAUGACUCAGAAUCAGAUACUUUUCCUCAAUUCUUUGCCUCCAUUGGGAUUCUUUGAAGCUAAUCAGGUAGUUCCUAUGACAAGACCUAGUAAACAAAGAGGGAUCAAUGAGGAAGCUAUUUCUGGAGACUCAAAUAGCCUUCAAUUCAGAAGUGAUGUUAUCCAGAAAGGAUGGUUCCGUAAUGCCUUCUCUGGAAUAAUAAUCCCUCACACCCGCUCAGAAUGCAAAGGAGCAAAACAGGCUGACAAGUUCUAUCUGAAGCUCCUAAAUAUGCUGAAAAACGAUGUUGAUAGAUUUCUCCAAAGAACUGAUGAAUUUCAGUCUAAGCUCAUUGGCCCUCUUGCUAAAGAUAUCCUAAGGAAAAAUUUCAAAAGUAGCACAGAAGAAUGAACUUUGUUUAGCUCAGAUAUGAAGAAGCUGAUCAUUGAGGAAGGGGAUUCCUUCAAAGAAGAUAUGAAGAACUUCUCCUUCGUUCCUCAAAGAGAAAGAGCGUUCAAACACCCCAUCUUUAGCUUAGCGAAAAGGUUGAUGGACAAUAAUGAAAUUUACUUCAAAAAGUUUUGGGAACGAUUCCAAAACAAAAGAGGCAAAGAAUCCUCCCUUGAGGAGUUCAAGAGAAGGGUUGAUUUCGAAAUGAACGAUAUCCUUAGUUUGGAUGAUAUCUCGACUUUUGGAAGAUAAUUUAAACAAAAUGCAGUUUAAACAAAAACCGGCAAAUGAACUUGUCUUUGACUU